GGGCCGGGGCGCUGCAGCCCUGUGCUGGGGCGGGCGCCUGCCCCUGCCCCUCCUUUCCCGCCCAGCCCAGCCCCCGGGCCAGCCCGCCUGCGCAGUCACCCUGGCCCUGGCCCGUCUGCACUGAUCCCUCUGAGUCCACCAGCUCCUCCCAGGAACUCAGCUCUCGGGCUGUGCCCCUCACACACCUGUGCUCUGUGUGCCCCGGGGCAGGCCCAGGACUGGAGGUGAAACAUGACCAGUGUACAGUCCAGCGAAGGCACCAUACUGGUGCAGGGACAGAAGCUCUUCUACCGGGAGGCUCGGCCUGCUGGUGGGCAGACCCCUGGCCUCUCUGUGCUCCUCCUCCAUGGCAUCCGCUUCUCCUCUGAGACUUGGCUCAAGCUGGGCACACUGGACAAACUGGCCCAGGCUGGCCACCGGGCCGUGGGCAUUGAUCUGCCAGGUCUAGGCCACUCCAAGGAGGCAUCUGCCCCCACACCCAUUGGGGAGCUGGCUCCCAGCAGCUUUCUGCAGGCUGUGUUGGAGGCUCUGGAGCUAGGGCCCACGGCCCUGGUCAGCCCAUCUCUAAGUGGAAUGUAUUCACUGCCCUUCCUCACAGCACCUAACUCCCAGCUCUGUGGCUACGUGCCCGUCGCCCCAAUCUGCACAGAUAAAGUCAGCCCUGCUGACUAUGGCCGUGUGAAGACCCCCACUCUGAUCGUGUAUGGAGACCAAGAUCCCAUGGGGGAGUCAAGCCUCAAGCACCUGCAACAGCUGCCUAACCACCAGGUGAUGGUGAUGGUGGGCGCAGGACACCCCUGCUACCUGGACAAGCCAGAGGAAUGGCACUCUGGACUCCUGGAUUUCCUGAAUGGGCUGUCAUAAGGGCCUA